AUGGCGCCGAGGAAGGGGAAGAGUGCGAAGGCCGGCUGCCACCUGCGUGGCGUGAAAAGUUCUGGAAACUCAAUCAACAAGCGAAUCGAAAGGAACACGAGGGGCAAGCGAAGGGUCAGCAAAGGACAGCAAAAACUCCCAGAUUUCUCCUGCCUGAAAAAAUUAAUAUAUGAACAAAAAAGAAAAGACAACAUUUCAAAUUUAUUCUCCUUUAAUGAUCCAGUCAUAAAAGAAAAAAUAGCUAAAUUUAAUCAGAUAAUCGAAAGGAAGAAAGAAUUUUUGACUGAAACAAGUGAGAGUAAAAGGGGUGGACAGGAUGAAAUGUCUCCUAACGUAUGUGAGACGUCUACCUUUGGGUACACUUUCAUUGACCGGGUGGUAAAUUUCUCCCACAAGGAAGACAUAGAAGACUUGAUACAGCAUGACGAAGACGAUGAGGAUGACCCCUUCCACUGUGAUUACCCAUAUCAGCACCAUCGUGCUCGCUUAGAAAACGGGGAGAACAGCCAAACGACGGAAGUUUACCUCAAAGAUAAUAAAAGCGAACAUGAAAAAUACCUCCCGCCAUGUGUGGAGAACCCACAUGAGCAACGUGGAGGUAGUAGUAGUAAGGAUCGCAUGGAUCGAAAUGACCACGUAGACCUCUCUAAACACCCGCACUAUUGGGAAGCAAAAAAUGGAAGCAAGAAUAACCCACCCCAAAGUUUAAACCCUGAGAAAAACAAUAAAAGGAUAAUAGGAAAAGGGAAAGAAGAAAUUCUGUUUAAUAAUAAAGUAAUAAUGGACAGCAGGAAAAAAGACCUCAUCCUGGACCAACUGAAACUUAAAUUUGAUGAAUUCAAAAUCGAUACCCUCACAAUUGCACAGAAGCCACUUACCAUCAUCGACGAGAAUGGUGUUGAGAAGAAGAAGCUGUUCAUUUUUAAUAUCAACAAUAGCAGCGAUAGGAGGAAGAACGAGAAGAAAAGGAUUCAAAUUGUGUAUGACCAGGAGGGGCAAUCUGCCGUUGGGAGAGCAGAAGUGGGACAGUCUACAACAGGGCCAACUCCUGUGGAGGACGGAAACGACGCGGAUAUCCUCGAACUCGUGAACAAAAUAAAGGAGCAAAAAGAGUCCUACCUCUACUUUGUCGUUAAAAAUAACCAGCUAAUGCUGAAAAGCAAUAACGACUACUUCAGCAUCAUGAUGCACUACCUGUGCGAAGGCACAUCUCUAAUGAAUUUACAAAUGACCUACUACCUCAUAAUGAAGCCAUCACACAUGGACAUGCUCCUCUACCUCAUCCUAACCUAUCACAAAUUUUCCUUCGUCGAUAUAUUAGAGCAAUUUGAAAACGUCUCGGUCAGCAAUAUCGUGGAGAGUUCCUUUGAAGAAAUGACUUUAUACGAUUACUACUACUACUUCUUUCACAUCCUCGAAGUCUCUCAUGAGCAAUUUUAUAUGUCCCUCGAGGUGUUGGAGAGCAUGAAGCUUCUACUCAACAAGUACAACUUCUUCCUCGGCAGGAUGCACAAGAACUCCAUUUUCUCCAACGCAAAGUUCGUCCUCGGCAUGGGGGACAUUCUGGACAUCCACCGGGUCUUCCUACCGGGGGGGCACAAGCGGGGCGCAAACAAAGACGUCAACAAUGAAGCGGACGCGGCAGCGCAUAACGAAGUGAAUAACGAAGCGGAUGCAGCAGCGAGUAAAGAAGCGAGUAAAGAAGUGGAGGGAGACGCGAGUGGAGAAGGGGCAAAGGAGGCCCCCUCGGAAACCCUGCGCAGGAAAAACGGAACCCUGCAGUACAUCCUUAACACAAAACUAGAGUUCAUACACUACCAGCAAAUGAAUUUUUUGCAAGAGACCCACUGGGAUGAAAUCGAAAACUACCACCACCUCAAUCGCCUGGACAAACUGGUUUACUUCACAAAGGACCUCUACUAUGAAUUCACCAAGAAGAACAUCCACGGCAAGUUAGAAGAGAUCACAUGUGAGCAGAAGCACUUGGACAAGGUGCAACUGAUCGAGUCCUGCAAGAAGAAACUCCCUCCCUACAAGAAAGGGGUCAAGUUCAUGAAUUUUUUAGGCGUCCACUCUCACUCCUUCGUGUGGCAGGUGUAUUGCACGCAGAUGGAGCUCUUUUGCGUGCUCAAAUUUAAGCAAAUCCGUCACGGGGGGGGGGGACCGUCUAGGUCGACCAUGGGUGACGACAAUGCGUGGCAAGCGGAGAGUACGGCAGACGCGAGCAAUGCGGACGAGCGCACGGCAGACGAGCGCAGGGAGACACCCCGCCUAGGACCCAUCGAAGCCGAAAUAAACGCCGCACUGCGCAACUUCCAAGCCGAGAUCAAGGAGAAACAAGUAGAGUGCUUGUACGUCCCCAUCUCAGUAGAAAUCACCAAUAGACUAAUUGAAAAAACAAAGUACAUUAAUGGAACCCCACUGAACGAAUUUAUAUACAGCGAGUUCCUCUCCGGCAUCGACUUGAAGCUCAGAGUAUUUAAGCUCAAAUGCAUUAUGCUCAAAAUUAUAAAAGUCGUUGUGAGUUUUUUAAAAAUUCCUACACUGAUCAUAUUAAAGUGUUCGCGCAUCUUCGUUAAGGAGGACAGCUUGAUGGUGAAUGGAGGCAUUCCGCUAGGGUUGCUCUCGACGCAGUCUCUACGAUUCCUCCUGCACCACAUUGACGAAACGAUCGCUACACGCACGUAUAGCAAAACCCUUUGGCAUUACCUCCCACCGGAGAUUAGCGCCGCGGCGCGCGGAGCAGCAAGCGGCUCGACAAAUGACGCAGCAAAUGGUGAACCCUCAUCAAACUGCUUCCUCCUGGAAGACAAAACACAGCUGGAGAAAGCCUACUCGUACAUGAUAGGAAAAGUGUUUGAAGAGGCCCUCAUUGACACUUUCACAGGGGAUAAAUUCGACUACCUCAAUUUCGAUGAAGAUGUAAAAGACUUUCUUGAAUCCUGCUUGUCACAAAACAUGGACCAACGCCAACCACUUACUCAACUUCCUCACCACAGCUGCUUUUCAGAGUGCUUUGAACUUUAUAUUAACAUAUAUGACGACAAUAUAAACACAUACCACAACGAUCGGGAGAAAGCCAUUCGACUCAGAGACCUAAAAUACAUUAACAGCUUUGAUUACAAAAUGUUUUCCAUUCCUUCUGAGUCUUCCUCCAGGGCCCCUUCCUCCUGCUCUUCUUCCGACUCGCGCCACUUUCACACCUCCAGUGGCUACUCCUCCAGCUCGCGCCUCUAA